GCAUUGCUCUGCCGCACCAUUGUGCACAUCGCAAAGAUGGCGGGAUCUAGCCUUACGUUCAUUCUUCACUUGUUCGCUUUUAUCUCAGGUGUUCACGGCAAAGUGAGCCUGAAAACGCCGGAGGAACAAAUCGCAUUAUGCAAACCACAAACCUUCAAACACCUCGACACGAGUCUAGGGGUCAAUGUUCUUUCCACAGAAGCCACUCCGCAAACGAAUUAUAACACUACCAGUCCUGCGUCCUUCAUCAAUGCUUUCGAAGGCCUCGACUUCUGUCGGGUCGAAAUCGUUUAUAAUCCUCCUAACAGUGCCCAUGAGGUGCGUGUUGAGAUUUGGCUUCCGUUGACAGCUCACGCUUGGAGCGGACGCUAUCAAGCAACUGGCGGAGCAUCAUUCAAGACCGGACUCGGGAGUUUGUAUUUCGGGCAAGCUAUCCACGAUGGAUAUGUUGUCUCUUCUACGGACGGCGGGAACCGUGGCAAGGACUUCUUCGAUCUUUCAUGGGCUCUGAAAGCCGACAAGACAAUAGAUUGGGAUCUUUUGCAUAUCGCUUUCACUAGCAGUGUUGCGGAGCAGAUCAUCAUCAGUCGAAGUGUAGUCGCAAAAUACUACGGGGAAUCGCCACGAUACUCGUAUUGGCAGGGCUGCGGACAAGCCGGGAGACAGGGAUACAUGCUUGCCCAACAGUAUCCUCACUUACUGGAUGGCAUUCUUGCGAAUGCGCCCGAGAUUCAUUUCACAGAUCUUACAAUGGGCGAGUUCUGGCCGCAACUGGUCAUGAAGGAAGAAGGGAUAUGGAUGUCGGAGUGCCAGUUCAACUUUUUCCGGCACAAAGCCCUCGAAGCUUGUGAUAUGCUCGAUGGGGUUAGCGAUGGAAUUAUAUACGACCCAAGUAUAUGCGACUUCGAUCCGCUACACGUGGUGGGAAAAACGUAUUACUGCGAUGGAGAAGAGUCAGAAGUGACGAUGGCAAUGGCCAACAUUGUGCGACGGAUUGAAGAGGGCCCGCGAACAUCCAUGAAUACGCCCAUCUGGUACGGAUUCCGUCCAACUAUAAGUAUGGACUACGUCGCCGCAACGGAGCGCCAUUCUUCGGGCACUCUCACCUCCAAGCCCUCCAACCAAGCUUCAAGUUUUAUCAAACACUUUCUUCUGAAAGACCCCACAGCAAACCUCACUAAACUGACAAACACCGACUUCUUUUCCCUCUGGACACAGGCCAAAACGACCUUCUCUUGGCUAUGGGACUCCUUCAACCCUGAUUUGCAUGCUCUGAAAGCCGCCAACACCAAACUUCUCACUUUCCACGGCAUGGAAGAUGCCAUGAAUCCCUGGGAAAACAUAGCGCGCUAUCGCGAACACGUCGAACGCGUCAUGGGCGGCGCAAACACUGUCGACGAGUAUUACCGUCUCUUUCUAGCUCCAGGCGUUGGACACUGCCAUGGAUGGUGGGGUCCAGAGCCAGUUGAUCCGCUUGCGGUGCUGGUGGAUUGGGUGGAGAAAGGUGAGAAGCCCGAGACUAUGGAAGCUAGUAUGGUGAAUACAGAUGGAGAGUUGGUUACGAGGGAUCUAUGUGCGUGGCCGGGCAAGGCGAAGUAUAUGGGGCUUGGGGAUGCAAAGCGCGCUUCUAGUUGGAGUUGCGAGGGGGGUACGGAGAGGGGUGAGGAUCAUGCGUUCGAGAAUCAAGAGCAGCUGGCCUUCGGGGAUUCGCCGGCUGGGCGAAUUCUUGGAGGUUUGAAGGAGAGGUUUGAGGGUAUGAACUUGGGGCUGAGGAUUGGAUGA